GUGCCGAAGGGCGUGUUGUCACUAUUUAAACCGUUGGCUUUGCACGGAUUACACAGACGCAUCUUACCUGUAGAGGACAUUCCCACUGCGCACCCCUGCACCAGAACUAUUCCAGAAAAAUGGGUGAUGGAAAUCCAGUCAACCAAGAGGUCGAGCAGUUUAACAAGCAGAAGCUAAAGAAGACUGACACACGUGAAAAAACCUAUGUUCCAACUCAGCAGGAAAUUGAUGAGGAGAAGAAAGCCAUAAAAGAGGACAAGUAACUGAAACACCUGCCAUGAUUCCUCUCCUUCACUCCUGCCCUGUUAAUCUGGUCUUCCACCAAUUUGGAAACCUGUCCAUCGCCUCUGCCGCUGUUUUCCGUGCUGCCAUGUUUGAUUAGAAAUGGUGUUUGGGUUGACGCUAUGGGGAAAUAUCUGUCUGUAAUCCCAAGUAAAUGAAUUCAAUUGCUAUAUUUUACUGUGCUUUUUCGCAUGCAAUUUAGAAAGGGCUUAACGAAAAAGAUAAAGUUUUGACAGGGACAGAAAAAGAGAAAAAUCAUGAAUCAACAAUUGUAUUAAUGGAAGUCCAUCAAAGAUACUGCAAUGUUAACAAUACCAUAAGUAUGCCUGGAAAUGGUGCCAUUCAGGAAAUGUUCUGAAAAAUAACACAUAAGAUGAUAUUUUUGUUUUAAUAAAAAUCGGUGUCAAACAUG